CGCCGAUGUUUAUUAUGGUUGGGAGACGGAACACCGGGUGUUAAUAACGAUUCCAGCGUCAUACGUGUUAUACCACUAAUUAUAUUUAAUAUUUAAGUGUAUGGUUGUUGUUAAAAAACAGGCGACAGUGCCCGCCCCUCUAGAAGCAUCCAACCUGAGCAACCCGGUGUGAGUAACGAGUGCAGCUAAGCUAACGAGCUUCUCCCGGGAAUAUUCAGUCAUAUUAAUGAUCUCUCCCUCUUUUUUGUGGUUUUCAUUUGAAACCGGAGGUAUUUAAUUAGCAUCCUAUUGCAUCCACGCAUCAUUUCUUGUCCAUUAAAUCAUCACUUUGUAUCUUCAUGUGCAGCUGACCUUGCCUGCUCUCAGAUAGCCAAAGCUAGCUUUAUACUAAACUAGGUCAGCUUCGUCCCCUUGUUGUUGUUGUUGUUGUUGCCUUCGCGAUGGAGGGCGAAGCCUUCACUGACAUUCACGGCAAAGCCAUAUCUCUGGCCUGCCAGAGUCACUCCAGCCUCUGCCGGGAGUUCACCGUCAGCGUCCCCAAAGUGUCCAUCGGGAAGAUUCUGGUGUACACCUGCAGCGUGUGGCUCUCUGCAUACGCCGUGUUCUGCGUCACAGAGAACACAGCCGUUUUGUCGAGUGCGAUAUUCAUCACCCUGGUCGGCAUGAUGUUUCACAUCCACUUUGUGAAGGUGGACCACGAGUCCCUGAUGGUCAUCCGCUCCCUGGGCAUCCAGUUGUCCUCCAGCUACGCCUCAGGCCGCGAGACCACCACGUUCAUCGAGAUGAGCAAGAUCAAGGACAUCGUCAUCAACGAAGCUAUUUACAUGCAACAAAUCAUCUACUUCCUGUGUGUGCUGUUGAAAGACCCAUCAGAACCGAACGGAGUGUCGAGUGUCGUGCCGUUGUUUCAGAGUUCAAAACCAAAACUGAAGUGCUUGGUGAAAGUUUACAAAAGCUGUCAGGAGAUUAUGUCAAAGUGCUGAUGACGCACAACUCCUACACUAGCAAGUGUUUCUGAUCGAGCAGUAUGUGUUUUAAUAUUUAUUUGUUCAAUUAAUUUAAUUUAGUGGAUGAAAGCAGAGAGACGGUAGUUUUUUUUUGAUUUGAUGUAAACAUGUAUUUUCACGUUUUUUCUCCUUUUCUCACCUGUAUGAAUGUGAAUGAAAUCUGUUGGAUACAUUAAGUGUGUAAUGCUGAUAAUAGUUUCAUUUUAACUUUGUCUUGUAGUUACUUGAAUUACUGGUGCUAGACUACUUAACCCGUAAGAGCCAAACCUUUUAACUGACGUCAACUUAUUUGUGCAUUUAUAUUUGAAUUGACUGAUUGUGCCAAUGUUUGAAAAGCAUCCCCACACUGUAUUUUUUUAACAAAUGCAUGUGUUAAAAUAUAACAAUCGAUCCUGUUAUUAAAUAGUUUUUCUAUCUCUUGUA